AUGUCUACAGAGAAAGCGGAGCAUGAGACGGAGUCUCCUUCAAAGACUCAACCAUGGUUUCCAAAGAGACUCUCCAUCGAGGAGGGAGGAAUUGAACGUGUCACCGACGAGGAGAGAAAGGAGAAGACAACAAAGUUCUGGCAUGCUGCUACGUUUUGGUUCAGCGCCAAUAUGGCAAUUGCUACUCUCAACAUUGGAUCUCUGGGAGGCUCCAUGGGCCUGGGGUUCUGGGAUUGCUUCAUCGUGAUUGUAGUGGUCAAUCUCUUCACUGAUCUACUUCCAGCAUGGACGGCUACAGCAGGAUUGACAGGUCUACGAAUGACAACCUUCUCUCGAUAUUCCUUCGGAUACUGGGGUAACAUGCUCGUAGUAGUAUUCUCCAUGGUUGCAACAACGGGCUGGAAUGCCAUCAACUCCAUCUCCGGAGCCUCCGUCCUCAACGCACUCUCGAACGGAAAAUGUCCCACUUGGGCCGGUGUCAUAAUCAUAUGUACAUUGGUGUGGAUUAUAUGUGCACUGGGUAUUACCUGGAUUCACCGUCUCGACACAUUCAUCUGGAUCUUCCCAUUGAUCGUGUGGUGUGUUGCUGCAGGGACGGGCGCAUCAUCAUUCACAGCCGCCAGUCCAAAGCAUCUUGAGGGUGCGGAUAAGGCGGCUGCCGUUCUCUCUUACGUGGCGAGUAUCUUCUCCUUUUCGCUUUCGUGGGUUAAUUGUGCAGCGGAUUAUAAUGUACGGAUGCCGCAUGAUACUCCGCGCUGGAAGAUUUUCAGUGCAACGUAUGUGGGUAUUUUCGUGCCUAGUGUUUUGGUUCAAGCGCUUGGUGCGGCGCUAUAUACUGGUACUGUGACAAGUGUCGAAUGGAAACAUGCUUAUUCGGCUUCCUCUAUUGGAGGAUUGCUCGAGAUGGCGCUAAAGCCAGCUGGUGGAUUUGGAAAGUUUCUCAUGGUUCUUGCAGCGCUGAGUUCGAUUCCGAAUAAUAUUCCAAACAAUUACUCUUUCGCUUUGCACGCCCAAAAUCUUGGUUCAUGGGCCAUCAGAAUCCCUCGAGUUGUGCUGGUGACAUUUGGGUCCGUUGUAGCAGUGGUCGUUGGUUGCUGCGCAGCGAGGUAUUUCAGUGACACUCUGCAGACUUUCCUUAGUGUCAUUGGUUAUUGGACAGUUAUCCAUACUACUGUUGUGAUGGAGGAGCAUUUCAUCUUUCGCCGGCGAUGGACAGCAUACGACUUGGACGCAUGGAAUAAUCCAGCUGCCUUGCCAUUUGGGUGGGCAUCAGCAGGAGCUUUCUGCUUUGGAUUUGCUGGGGCCGCUCUUGGAAUGCAUGUAAAAUGGUACUCUGGACCGAUUGCAUCCUUGAUUGGCAGUGGUGCAAAUAUAGGUCACGAGUUGACAUUUGCAUUCUCUGCCAUCGUUUUCCCAUUAUUUCGCUGGGUGGAGAAAAGAUAUGGCGGGUAUUAG